AUGCUCCCACCUCUUGUCGAUACCUUUGCUGUCGUUACCGAGGACAGAAAGUGCUGCAGUUAUGGCUCAAGCACAAGUGAUCCAGUGACCUUCCAGGACCAUGUGGUUGCUUUCUCUGCAAUGCUCUCAUCCUUUACUAUGCAAAUGAACCACCAGGCCAGUUGUUAUCACCCCACCUCCCUGACCCCACAGAACCAAAACAUCAAUUUCUUAGAGGGGAGAAACCAGAGAAAUGGUUCGAUUAACAUGAAGCUUGUGGCUUUUUCAAAAUGUGAGCGGAGGACACCAGCACCUCCUCCUAACAUGCCUAUUUGUACUUUUACUUUUUGCCAAUGA